AGCCAUUGGCAUCCGUGUUUGCCCGGCCUAAGUCAGCUUGGCACAUCAUGGCGAACCUGACGCUCUUGCGGAUGCACGAGGUGCAUAGUAGUCGAGAGAUUGAAGCGCCGAUCUGUGGCGACGUCACCUACAAACUCGGUGGGCAGUUUUGGCCCUCCCGGUGCUAUGCAGAGCUUCGCGGGGACCUGCUGCUGAUCACCCGACGGCACAAGCAACAAGCGGCAAUUCAGCUCUCAGGCGCAACGGUGGAGCUUCAAAGCCAGCUCAGCAUCCGAAUCGAGGCGCCGGGCAGCCCAGUACUGGUGAUGCGCUUGGACAAUGGUGGUGAAACGGUGCGAUGGAUGACGGCACUGCAAGAUGCCACGCAGAAGGACCAAAGCUUCCGAGACUUGCUCAAUGAUGUUCCCUUGCUGAGUCCCAGGAGCAGUCCCAGGAGCGAAUCAACACCGCAAAGUCCCACCAUGGAAGAGCUCGAGGCUCUUCGCGCACGGCUUUCGCAGCAAGAGUCAAGCAGCAAAGAGAUGGAGGAAGGCAUGAAGGCAGCUUGCACGAGGGCAGAUGCAGCUGCACAGGCCUUUCACGAUUCCCAAGAUCGUGCCAAGUGCUUGGAGAAAGCUUUGUUGGAGGAGCAAGCUAAGCGAAAGCAAGUGGAGCUGAUGGUCGAGGAACUACAGGGGCAGCUGGCAAGCGAGGUGUCCUGUGGCAAGGCACGCGAGCCGGAUGUAAAGCAGAUUGACCAGCUCCAACGGCGCUUGGCUUGCGCCGAGCAACGCCUGAGCGGGGCGGAACUGGUGCGCAAGGCGGCUGAGGAAAGGCGGGAAGGGGCAGAGCAGAGAUUGGCAGAGACAGAAGAGCUGCUGGAGCAAGCCGUGAAGAAGCUUGCGGUCUCUGGGCAGAGCUCCGAUGACGAAGCAACCCGCCGGCUUCGAGGUGUGGAGGCAGAGCUGAAGGCCUUGAAGCUCAUCAAGGCCCAAGCAGAUGCAGAUGGAUCAGAGCUGAAGAAAGAUCUGGAGGAGGCCAAGGCGAAGAUCACCACUUUGCAACAGACAGCCAACCAAAGCGAAGCUGCCAAGGUGGCUUUGGAGGCACAGGUGGAAACACUGCAGACCCGCGUGGCAGACCAAGAGGCACGCCUGAUGGAUCAGGAUGAGCUCCAGCGUGCGUUGGCAGAGCAACAGGAGGCAAAAGAUACCCUGGAGAAGUUGGAACGGCUCUCCAAGCAGGAGUCGGAGGAAGUGCAAAAGUUGAAGGCGUCUUUGGAGUCCUCCGAGGCAGAAACCAAAGUGGCGAAAGCCCGUAUUCAGGAGAUGGAGAAGUACGUACUGGCCGCUCAGGGAGCAGAGAAGCUGGAAGUGCAAAAGUUGAAGGCGUCUUUGGAGUCCUCCGAGGCAGAAACCAAAGUGGCGAAAGCCCGUAUUCAGGAGAUGGAGAAGCACGUACUGGCGGCUCAGGGAGCAGAGAAGCUGGCAGCUCGCGCGUCAGAAGAUGAAAAGACGAUUGCAAAGUUGCAGGCUGAAAAUGCAGCAGCUAAAGCUCGCACUGAGGAGAUGGAGAAGCGAAUGCUUGCUAGCGAGGGUGGGGCAGAGAAGCUGUCAAAUCGUGCUUCACAAGAUGCAAAAACUAUUGCGGAACUUCAGGAACGCGUGGCCUCCUUGGAGAAAGAGCUGGGAAACGCAAAAGAAGACGCGAUUUGGAAGACAGAGCUUGCGCGGCAAGAAUCUGAUCAAGGCGCUGCAGACCUCAAGUGUCAGGUGAUCACUUUGGAGGGCCAAGUCUCCGAGCUCAAGCGGCGCCUCUCCGCUGCCGACCAGCGCUUGAGCGCUGAGCAGUCCCGGCGCAGCGCAGCGGAGGACCGUACCAAGCAGACCGAGGAGCGGCUGGCAGAUUUGCAAGAGGACGGCAGCACGACCCACCUGCAGGGGAAGCUGGAAGCCGCAAUGGUCAAGGCCAACCGAGAGGCUCAAGCAAGGACCGUGGCGCAGCGUCAGCUGGUGGCCGCCUUGAAAGCUGCCACCGCAGCCAAUGCCAAGAUCAAAGCGGCCGAGCGUGCCAGUCUUGUUGGAUAGUGAGCUCAGAGUGGUUUGCCGAAACUGUGUUCGACGUCGUGGACAGGUGAAAUGUUUAGGCUCUCAGGUGGACCAAGAAGGCCACAGGGGAUGUUGAUGCUGCUGCUCGCAGAAGUGGUUGUUGGCGACACCAUGUUUCUUCCAGGCUUUCCCCUAGGAUGAAGGAUCUGCACAGGAUUUCAGGGGACCAGGCCCA